GUCAUUAACAUCAAAACUCUCACAGGGACACAGAUGUCCUGUCAAUACCUUAUUCUUGUAGUAUUGUUGCGAUAGACCUUGGGUGUUCACACAUUUAUUUCGCUUUCGCGAUAGCAUUUCCCUGUUGUUGACGAGUCUUGUAGUCUGCUGAUUUUCAUUGACUAGUCAAUGAUAGAAUGUUACAUCAUAGGUGCUUUGUCCACAAUUGCAGUUCCUACUUGUAUGGCGCUCCAAACCAGCAGUUGGUAUUGAUUUUCUUUGCCUGGACAUGGAGAUCAGACGAUGGCUCCUCCGGCUUCUUGCCCUUCUCACCACCACCAUCCUUUUGAGCCCAUCCACCUCCACUUCCAGCUCCAUCAGCACUGUCGACGACCUUCAGGCCCUCCUAUCGUUCAAAUCCCUCAUCACCAAGAAUCCCUUGGGUGCACUCUCCUCAUGGACAAUCAACAGCAGCUCCAAUGGUAGUACUCAUGGCUUCUGCAGCUGGACCGGCGUGAAAUGCAGCAGUGCUCACCCGGGCCAUGUCAAGGUGCUGUGCCUACAAGGUCUUAGCCUCUCCGGGACUGUUUCACCAUUUCUCGGGAACCUCUCCCGCCUCCGUGUACUCGAUUUGUUCAAAAACAAGCUUGAAGGUCAGAUCCCUCCUAGCCUUGGUAACUGCUUUGCUCUCCGCAGGCUCAACCUGAGUUUCAACUCCCUGUCCGGUGCCAUCCCUCCAGCCAUGGGAAACCUGUCAAAGCUUCUUGUUAUGAGUAUUAGCAACAACAAUAUCUCGGGUACCAUUCCUCUUUUGUUUGCAGAUCUUGCAACAGUCACCAUGUUCAGUAUAAAAAGUAACAAUGUGCAUGGGGAAAUACCACCAUGGCUCGGCAAUUUGACAGCGCUGAAACAUUUGAACAUGGGUGGGAAUAUGAUGAGCGGCCAUGUUCCACCAGCUUUGUCUAAGCUUAUCCACCUUCAGUUUCUGAAUCUGGCAGUCAAUAACCUGCAAGGUUUGAUCCCUCCAGUAUUAUUUAAUAUGUCGUCAUUCGAGUUACUCAAUUUCGGGUCAAACCAACUGUCAGGCUCUCUACCACAAGAUAUUGGCUCUAUACUUACUAACCUGAAAAGUUUCAGUUUAUUCUACAACAAAUUUGAAGGCCAGAUUCCUGCCUCCUUGUCAAACAUAUCUUCUCUUGAAUUUAUCGUUCUCCAUGGAAAUAGAUUUCGUGGCCGAAUCCCAUCAAAUAUUGGUCAAAGUGGACGUUUGACUGUAUUUGAAGUAGGGGACAAUGAGCUGCAGGCUACAGAGUCAAGGGAUUGGGAUUUUCUGACCUCCUUGGCUAACUGCAGCAGCCUAGUUCUUGUAGGUCUUCAACUAAAUAACCUUUCAGGGAUUUUGCCAAAUAGCAUCGGUAAUCUCUCGCAAAAACUUGAAACUCUUCAAGCAGGAGGAAACCAAAUUUCUGGGCAUAUACCUAUAGGAAUAGGAAGAUAUUACAAACUCACGAUGCUUGCUUUUGAGGAUAACCUUUUCACAGGAACCAUCCCUUCAGAUAUAGGAAAGCUAUCCAACCUCAAAGUACUAUCUCUAUCUCAGAAUAGAUACCAUGGGGAGAUUCCAUCGUCAAUAGGCAACAUAUCAGAACUAAAUUGGCUAACACUUUCAGCCAGCAAAUUGGAGGGUAGCAUUCCAGCUACUUUUGGCAACCUUACUGAGCUGAUCUUGCUGGACCUUUCCAGGAACCUCUUGAGUGGGCAAAUCCCACAGGAAGUUCUGAGCAUUUUCACCCUGGCUGUAUAUCUCAAUCUCUCAAACAAUUUAUUAGAUGGACCUAUUUCUCCACAUGUUAGGCAGCUAGUCAAUCUUGCAGAAAUUGAUUUCUCAUGGAACAAGUUAUCAGGUGCAAUCCCAAAUACCCUUGGUAGUUGUGUAGAAUUGCAACUCAUAUACUUACAAGGGAAUCUCUUGCAUGGACAAAUUCCAAAAGAACUCAUGGCAUUAAGAGGGCUAGAAGAGCUGGACCUCUCUGAUAAUAACUUAUCAGGACCUGUCCCUGAAUUUCUUGAGAGCUUCCAGCUUCUGAAGAACCUAAACCUUUCAUUCAACCACCUAUCAGGUCCAGUGCCAGAUAAGGGGAUCUUCUCAAAUGCAAGCGCUGCAUCUCUCACAAGUAAUGGCAUGCUAUGUGGUGGCCCUGUGUUCUUUCAUUUCCCUGCAUGCCCGUACCCAGCCCCUGAUAAGCUUGCAAGUCAUAAACUGAUUCACAUCUUGGUGUUUGCUUUGGUGGGAGGAUUCAUCCUUCUCGGUGUCUGCAUUGCUACAUGCUGUUACAUUAAGAAGUCAAGACGUGAUGCCGGCCAAGUUCAGGAAACCCUACCUGAGAUGUUUCAGAGGAUGUCAUAUGCUGAGUUGCAUUUGGCUACAGAUUCAUUCUCUGUAGAAAAUUUGGUUGGCCGUGGAAGCUUUGGCAGUGUAUAUAAAGGGACUUUUGGUUCGGGUGCAAAUUUGAUUACGGCGGCAGUGAAGGUACUUGAUGUCCAACGACAAGGAGCCACAAGGAGCUUCAUAUCUGAGUGCAAUGCUCUCAAAAGGAUUCGACAUCGCAAACUAGUCAAGGUUAUCACAGUGUGUGACAGCUUGGACCACAGUGGCAGCCAAUUCAAGGAACUUGUGCUAGAGUUCAUUCCCAAUGGAAGCUUGGAUAAAUGGUUACACCCGAGCACAGAAGGCGAGUUCCAAACACCAAGCCUGAUGCAGAGGCUAAACAUUGCACUUGAUGUGGCGGAGGCACUGGAAUAUCUCCAUCAUCAUAUUGAUCCUCCAAUUGUUCACUGUGAUGUUAAACCAAGUAAUAUUCUUCUUGAUGAUAACAUGGUUGCACAUCUUGGUGACUUCGGACUAGCAAAGAUAAUUAGGGCAGAAGAAAGCAGUCAAUCACUCACAGGUCAAAGUUCCUCUGUUGGAAUCAAAGGCACAAUUGGGUACCUUGCACCAGAGUAUGGCAUGGGGACAGAAAUAUCUGUAGAAGGUGACGUGUACAGCUAUGGUGUGCUAUUGUUGGAGAUGCUAACUGGGAGAAGGCCAACUGACCCAUUUUUCAAUGACACUACAAAUCUACCAAAGUACGUUGAGAUGGCCUGUCCUGGUAAUCUACUGGAAAUAAUGGAUGUCAAUAUUAGAUGCAACCAAGAGCCUAAAGCGACUUUAGAAUUGUUCGCUGCUCCAGUUGCAAAACUUGGUUUAGCUUGCUGCAGGGGCCCUGCAAGACAGCGCAUAAGGAUGAGCGAUGUGGCAAGAGAAUUGGGUGCCAUAAAACGGCUAAUCAUGGCCAGCCAGAAUUCUGCAUCUUGGUCCACAGCGCAGUAAUAUAGAUUGGACGUACUGCUUGUUCUAUUUCUGUCACUUAUAGUAAGAUUAGAAUGGUAUUAGUUUCUCAUGUAUUUUACCAUAGCCGAUCGGCACUCUCUGAAUAGACACAACUGUCCCUGUCCAUGGAGUUACAAAUUAUUGGGCAAGAGCUUCUGUGGGUUCACAGGAAUCAAUUAUGAUCAGAGAAAGAUCGAAACUGGUUAUGUUAAACUCAAUCAUUGUAUACAGUGGUGUUGCAUAUAUAGUGUAUUGUAUUUAACAACAACUACUGUACAUUCGUGAGCAUUUAUGUGCUGGGGGCCAUAUUGUUAUAUGCCAAAUAAAGGAAUAAUAGAAGUUGUAGGCGUUGUCUUCGCAUUUGUGGCUGUACCAUA